AUGGUGGCGGAUCCUCCUCGUGGAGACUCCAAGGGGCUCGCAGCUGCGGAGCCCACCGCCAACGGAGGCCGGACGCUGGUCUCCAUCGAGGACCAAGGCGGGGCAGCAGGCGGCUGCUGCGGUUCCCGGGACAAGGUGCGGCGCUGCCUUCGAGCCAACCUGCUGGUCCUGCUGACGGUGGUGGCCGUAGUGGCCGGCGUGGCCCUGGGGCUGGGGGUGUUGGGGGCCGGCGGCACGGCGGCGCUGGGCCCGGAGCGCUUGGGCGCCUUCGUCUUCCCGGGCGAGCUGCUGCUGCGCCUGCUGCGGAUGAUCAUCUUGCCGCUGGUGGUGUGCAGCUUGAUCAGCGGCGCCGCCAGCCUGGACCCCAGCGCGCUCGGUCGCCUGGGCGCCUGGGCGCUGCUCUUUUUCCUGGUCACCACGCUGCUGGCGUCCGCGCUCGGAGUGGGCUUGGCGCUGGCGCUGCAGCCGGGCGCCGCCUUCUCCGCCAUCAACGCCUCGGUGGGAGCAACGGACAGUGCCGAAAAUGCCCCCAGCAAGGAGGUGCUCGAUUCGUUCCUGGAUCUUGCGAGAAAUAUCUUCCCUUCCAACCUGGUGUCGGCAGCCUUCCGCUCAUAUGCUACUACUUCCUACGAAGAGAAAAAUAUCAAUGGAACCCUGGUGAAGGUGCCCAUGGGGGAGGAGGUGGAAGGCAUGAACAUCCUGGGCUUGGUAGUGUUUGCCAUUGUCUUUGGUGUGGCACUGCGGAAGCUGGGGCCUGAGGGGGAGCUGCUUAUCCGCUUCUUCAACUCCUUCAAUGAGGCCACCAUGGUGCUGGUCUCCUGGAUCAUGUGGUACGCCCCUGUGGGCAUCAUGUUCCUCGUGGCCGGCAAGAUCGUGGAGAUGGAGGACGUGGGUUUACUCUUUGCCAGCCUUGGCAAGUACAUCCUGUGCUGCCUGCUGGGCCAUGCCAUCCAUGGACUCCUAGUACUGCCCCUCAUCUACUUCCUCUUCACCCGCAAAAACCCCUACCGCUUCCUGUGGGGCAUUGUGACGCCGCUGGCCACUGCCUUUGGGACCUCCUCCAGUUCCGCCACGCUGCCUCUGAUGAUGAAGUGCGUGGAGGAGAAUAACGGCGUGGCCAAGCACAUCAGCCGCUUCAUCCUGCCCAUUGGCGCCACCGUCAACAUGGACGGUGCCGCGCUCUUCCAGUGCGUGGCCGCCGUGUUCAUUGCGCAGCUCAGCCAGCAGUCCUUGGACUUCGUAAAGAUCAUCACCAUCCUAAUCACAGCCACAGCGUCCAGCGUGGGGGCGGCGGGCAUCCCCGCUGGAGGUGUCCUCACUCUGGCCAUCAUCCUCGAAGCCGUCAACCUCCCGGUCGUCCAUAUCUCCUUGAUCCUGGCUGUGGACUGGCUAGUGGACCGAUCCUGUACCGUCCUGAAUGUAGAAGGUGAUGCUCUGGGGGCAGGACUCCUCCAAAAUUACGUGGACCACACGGAGUUGAGAAGCACAGAGCCUGAGCUGAUACAAGUGAAAAGUGAGCUGCCCUUGAAUCCACUGCCAGCCCCCACUGAGGAAGGGAACCCCCUCCUCAAACACUAUCGGGGGCCCUCAGGAGAUGCCACAGCCGCCUCUGAGAAGGAAUCGGUCAUGUAAACCCCGGGAGGGACCUUCCCUGCCCUGCUGGGGCGCUCAUUGGACAUUGGAUUAUGAGGAAUGGAUAAAUGGAUGAACUAAGGCUCUGGGGGCCUGCCUGCACACUCUGGGGUGCCAGGGGCCCCAGCCCCCUCCAGGACAGGAGAUCUGGGAUGCCUGGCUGCUGGAGUACAUGUGUUCACAAGGGUUACUCCCCCAAACCCCUAGUUCUCACUUGUCCCCAACUCAAGUCUAAGUAAUAGCAAGAUGGAGAAAUAAUGGCCUCCUGCCUCCUCACCACGAUCUGCCUGGCCUUCCGUGUCUAAGAGAGCAGGUCACAGGUCACCAUGGGGAAUUCUAGCCCCCACCGGGGGGAUGCUCCAACACCAUGCUGGUGAUUUUGGUGGUUGUAGUGUGUGUGUGUGUGUGUGUGUGUGUGUGUGUGUGUGUGUGUGUGUGUAUCGGUGGGGUGUGUUCCGCGACCUCCCAUCUCCAUGGUACGUACCACCCUGUCCCCAGAUCCCCUAUUCCCCCCACAAUAACAAACACUCCCAAUGACUCUGGCGAGAGAGUGAGGACAGAAAACUGCUGUCACUCCAGAAGACAAUUUUUUAUCAAUAAAAUUGAGUGUCAACUAUUUAA